AUGGCGUCAGGUUUUCGUAGUACCGUUUGGGAUCCAAUUCUAAUUAUCAGUCAAAUUGUAUUUAUGCAAUGUAUAUUUUAUAUAUCUGCCGGUUCCAUUUCUGGACUUCUACUAAUAAUCAUUUCACAUAAUUUACCAACAUUGGAUAUGAUUUUUAUUGAUACGAAAAUACAUUUCCCCGAUUCAAUCGGUAUAUGUCUCUUUAUUGGUUUUCUAUUAACUCCAUUAAUAUGUAGUAUUGGAUUAUGGUUUAUUGUAAAACGCAGUAAACAAUGUCUCGAUUUUUCAUGUACUAUACAUUUUUGGCAUUUUAUAUUUUGUAUUAUUUAUUCGCAUAGUUUCCCUCAAUCUAUACUUUGGUGGAUUGUCAAUUUAUUAUCAAUUGCUAUAAUGACAGUAAUGGGUGAAUUUUUAUGUAUGCGGAGUGAAAUGGCUGAGAUUCCUUUAAGAUCUACAUACAGUGCCUGCGGUGAUGUGAGAAUGAACAGUUGUUGGUCAUUUUUUACGAUGCUUAUAAAAGGCUUAAACAUUUACAGAUUCUUAAAGCCUGUUGGAAUACGGCACGUAGUGACUUUGACCAAAAAAUAUCCUCGCAAAGUACCUUCUAUUUUGUUGGCAGAAGGUAUUUUGCCCAAAUUGACCGCAGAUGACAUGGUAUACGAAGAGGUCAACAUAGAAACAAAUGAAUCCCCAUGUAUAAAUGUUUUAUUAACAGAUAACGUGCCUGGACUUGGAUCUGUUGGAACAGUAACCCCUGUACAUCGUAAUAAGUUCUGGAGAUAUUUGUAUAUUAAGGGACUUGCUGAGCUACCGACAGAAGAAAGAAUCAACGAAAUGAAGUUGAAACAAACAGGAAGACCAACUGUUCUAUGUGGUGAAUCUUAUGUUCUUCAACAACGCUUGUCUAAUAUGACCCUAUAUAUACCUAUGAAUCCAUCUCGAGAAUGGAUUCUCAAUAAAACUCAUGUUAAAGUUGCUUUAAGACGAUAUGGUUUCGCAAUAAAGGAACAUUAUAUCACAUUACCAAAAGAAGAAAUAACUUCAAAAAAUUCUACAUCUUCAUUUAAAAUUAGCGUUAAUAUUGAUGAUAUUGUCAAUGUUGUUGUUCCAUGUUCAAUAUUUCUUUAUCAAAAGUUGGAUAAAGGAAUGUGUACUCAACCGCCAACAAAUGUUUUUAGAAAAAUUAAAAUUGAAGAUUGGACUGCAGAUUUUUCUGAAACUGAUAUUUUGAAGAAAAUUGGUAAUAGUCGUCGAUUCUUUUCGUAUUUCAAACGUCAAGCAUAUGAACCAACUAAAAUUAAACAACUUGAUGACUCUAGUAUAGGGUUUAUGUUAUCUGAUUUAAAUCAUAAUGGUAGAGUUGCAUUAGCUCACUUUGAUCAUUACUACAGUGAAGCUUAUGGACCAGUUGCUUGGCGUUCAAUGCGUAUAGCUUUAUUAAUGCCAUCUAAAAAAGCUAUUCUCUAUAAUCGUUAUUUUCCCAAUGUUAGUGAAACAAUUUCAUCAUCAUAUAAUAAUGAUGAUAAUCAGUCAUUUUUACCAAACAUAAACUUUAUGCAAACAUUAAUUAAACAUCAAAACUCUUUGACAAAUAAUGUAUUUAAUGCUGAUAAGAAUCCGAAUAUUAUUGAUGAGGUUAUCAAUGUAACACAAUCUGAUGCACGUCGUAGACAAUUUUUAACACGUUACAGCCCAUCAGAUGAAACUAUGGAUACAACUAAUCUCAAUGAAUUUAUACCAUCAACUGAAUUAAUUAGUGAAAAUGAAAUGUAUACAAGAGAAUGUGAUACAGACUUUACAUUUUAUUCUAAAGAUUAUUAUGGUAUGAUUAAAGCAGAUGAAGGGGAUUCAUCUGAUUUACAGUCAUUGAAAGUGUUAACUGAAGAAUUUCAUAUACCCGAGAAGUUAUGUAUUAAAUGUUCACCUCCUGGUAGAUUGGUUACAAUACCACAUCCAACUUAUUUAAAUGGACAAUUUAAUUUUCAUACAAUAGAUUUAAGCUCUGUUCUACCUAUUUUAGUAUUGAAUUUACAAAAAAAUGAUAAUAUGGUUAAUAUGUCUACAUUUUCUGGAACUAAAUCAGUUAUUGCAUUACAAACUGGUUUAUUAAAUCGUUUAUUAUGUGUGAUACGUACUCCAUCUCGUACUACUCAUGUUCAACAAAUGAUCAACACUUUUAAAUCGUCUGGAAUUAAUUCUAAAGAGAAUGAUAAACAAAACAAUAAUACUAAAAUAGACUUUGUUUACUCAAAUGAUGAAUUGGCUGGUUAUUUUUCUGAUAAUAUUGAUAAAGAUUAUAAAUUUAAUAAAAUUUUAGUCAAUGUUCCUUGUUCAGCUGAUCGUUACGCAAUCACAUCUGGUGCUACACAUGUUUUUGAAAUGGGACAAGCUCAUUUACGUGCUUAUUUACCGAAAAUUCAGUUAAAUCUUCUCCGUCAAGCAAUGGAAUUAUGUCAACCUAACGGUUAUGUUGUCUAUUCAACAUCAACAUUAUCACCAGGUCAAAAUCAAGAAAUUAUUCAAUCAUUUAUACUGAAUCAUUCAAAGAAUAUUAAUUUCACAUUGAUCAAUUUAAAACCAUUGUAUGAUUUAUUAACUGUUUGUUAUUCUAAAUUAGGUCUAAAAAUUAUUCCGAUUCAUUUACCUUUAUUUGAUAAUAUGAAUGAAAAUAAUCAUAAUACAAAUCUAUCUUCAAAUAAUACUUGUCAUGGUUUAUUAAUUAUUCCAUCGAUAUCGUGUAACUAUGGUCCAACUUUUAUUGUAAAAUUUAAACGCCUUCCUUAAUUGAUCUUUUUCAAUUGGAUAACUUUGUUACUAUGUAAAUUUGCUUAUGAUAUUUAUAAAUAUAUAUGUUAGUAAUAUUA